CAAGGAAGUAUCUGUGGCAGAUGGUUAUUUGCAUGGAGCAAAGUCUGAGAGGGAGUGAUUCCUGGAUACUACCUUGUAAAAGAGCUAGCCCUGUAUGCUGGAUUAACUAUGUAUUAGCAUUUUAAUUAGCAGUGAGAUACGGAGGACUGGUUGUUUGAUUGAAGUGUUGGUGGAAUCCUCUCUGUCUCAUGGAGUUCAGUGAGCUACAAAGACAGAGCUCCACUAUAGCCCACGGUUACCAUGGUGCCCAGCAGUUGGUGAGGUUACGGAGUAAGUCUGUAGUGUCCAAUCAGAAUGUCCCUCAGUUCAACUGGGGUUCUCCCCCCUCGGAGGGGGGAGAGGAGGGUGACUCUGGACCUCCUAAGAACCUCAGAGAGCGGCCUAUGACCAUGCGCCUGAAGAGAGCGAUACGGGAGGUGCAACAGAUGCGUGUGCCUGUGGUGACUAGCUGGCAGUCGUGGAAAAGGAGCAAGGCCAAGUCCCUGAGCAGGUUCAGAGCAGAUGCAGGGGGAGUCAUGUCCUACGUGCUCUGGAGAAAGGCUCUGCAUAAGAUAGGAGGACACUUUGGUGUCCAGUCCUACUUCAUGUUCCUGCGCUUCCUGGUGGUGCUCAACUUCCUGUCGUUCUUGCUGAUUGCUGGGUUCAUCCUCAUCCCCAGUAUCGUGUUCAGAUCCACCAGUAACAUGACAGUGGACAGCACUGGUCUAGAGGAGUGUAGGAUCUAUGAUCCAAAUCUUCAAGGUCUGGUGGUGUUUUACCAGUACUUCCUGGACUUACUCUCUGGAAUGGGUUUCAUUGAGUACUCCUACAUGUUCUAUGGUUACUAUAACAACACCGUGGCAGAGAGCAGUGGCUUCCACUACAACCUGCCCCUGGACUACCUCCUCACCUCCGUCUUCUACUUCGCCUUCGGUCUUAUCUGCAUCAUCACACGCAUGGGGAGUGCACUUCGCAUUGCUGUGGCAACAGGCAGCGGUGCUGCCGGCAGUUACAGCAAGAGGGUGGUCACUGGCUGGGACUUCGGUUGCCAGGGAGACCGGGCCACCCAACUCAAACAGAAAAGCAUCCACUACCACCUACAGGUGGACCUGGAGGAGGAGAGGCUACAGAAAAAGGCUUUGUCUCUAACCUUAGGUCAGACAGUGGGUCUGUGUUCUCUACGCAUCUUCCUCAUGCUUGUCUCCCUCGCCCUCAUAGGAGGAGAUUUCUUUGGCAUCUUCAAGGCUACUGUCUUUAGCCAGGCCAAGGGCAUUCCGGGCCUGUUCUGGGUUUACCUUCCUUCCAUCGUCAUCACAACAGGAAACUUUGUUGUGCCCUUCAUGUGUGACCAGAUAGCCCUGUUUGAGAGAUAUUCUCCUAGUACCACCAUCAUCAUGGCACUGUUCAGGUCAGUGUUUCUGCGUAUGAUAAGUCUGGGAGUGCUGCUGUUUACUCUGUGGAGUCAGAUCACCUGCUUUAAAGACAGUCCAAAAUGUGAGCUCUGCCAGUACAACAACAAGGAAUAUCCGUGCUGGGAGACGCGUGUGGGACAGGAGAUGUACAAACUGGCCUUGUUUGACUUCCUCAUUACCAUCGCCAUGCUUAUCCUGGUGGAGUUUCCACGUAGGUUGUUUGUGGACCACUACUCCUGUGCACUGACCCGGUGGGUAGGUCGUCAGGAGUUCUUGGUGCCUCCCAAUGUGCUGGGUCUGGUCUACGGUCAGACAGUGGUGUGGACCGGAGCUCUGUUCUGCCCUCUGCUGCCUCUCAUCAACACACUCAAGUUCUUCAUCCUCUUCUACUGCAAGAAGGUCACACUGUUUUCUAACUGUCGUCCGGCGGUGAAGACGUUCCGCUCCACCACCUCCACCAUCUUCUUCCUGGUGGUGUUGCUGUUCGGCUGGGGCCUCGCCCUUGUCGCCAUGAUCUACAGCCUGGCCCAGAUCCAUCCCUCUAUGAGCUGUGGUCCGUUCCGCUCUCUCACUAUGAUGUGGAGCAUCGUUCCCAACACCUUCUACACUCUCUCCCUGACAACACAAGACUUCAUCUUCUACAUGGGCUCCCAGGCCUUCUCCAUCCCUCUCUUCAUCUUCUCCUGGUGAGUCACCUUGUCUUACUGAUCUCAUCAUUUUCUCCUGGUGAGUCACCUUGUCUUACUGAUCUCAUCAUUUUCUCCUGGUG